AGUUGCAGCCAAUGGGAUUGUAAUAGAAGUCAAUUAUCACCUUAGAGUCAUAACCAAUGGGAUCAUAAUAGAAACCAGUUACCACUUUGGAGUUGUAGCAAACAGGAUCGUGAUAGAAGCCAGUCACUACUGGAGUUGUAGCCAACGGGAUUGUGAUAGAAGCCAGUUAUCACUUCAGAGUCACAGCCAAUGGGAUCAUAAUAGAAGUCAGUCACUGCUUCAAAGUCGCAGCCAAUGGGAUUGUGAUAAAAAUCCUAGAUAUCUCUUUAUCAAUGACCUGCUUAAUGACGUCUGA